GUACAUAUCAACUUGGCCACGACAAGGUGCAGUGUCCAGCACUCGUAAGGGAAGCGGCGACCCUUGGCGGGAUCACAACAUCGUGUUCGGCGGAGCUCCAGGCUUCCCCGCCAGACCUCGAAUGCAGCAUGGCCGGCGUGCCUGAGACGACGCUCAACUGGCUGUACAGCGUUCUUACCAGCAACUACACAGACGUCAAUCGCACAUACCACGACGCCACAGAAGCUCUCUCCCACUACCCGUCCCUCUCGGUGCGCACCGACGUCUACACAUAUGAGAAUGGAGCUUCGAACCUUCUUCUCAACCUCAGCGGGACGCUGCCUGUUACGUUCCGCGGCGCAACGUACGGCUUCCCGGUAGCAGUAUGGGUACCCUAUGCCUACCCGCGCGAACCGCCCAUGGUGUACAUCAAGCCGGACAAAGACAUGCUUGUGCGACCAGGUCAGCAUGUAAGCGGCGACGGAAGGGUAUAUCACCCAUACCUCGCACAAUGGGCAAAGUAUUGGGGCAAGUCUACUUUGUUCGACUUCCUUGCGGUCCUUCGCGGCGUCUUUGCGAAAGAACCUCCCGUCCGGUCAAGGCAACCGCAACCGCAGUACAAUGCGCCCGCGCAACAGGGUCCUCCGCCUGUUCCUCCACCUGUCCCUCCACCACCUGCUGAAUACCGGCGCUCUCUGCACGGUACACCAGGCCCAUCAGCCUCGCCGGGCCCCUCUCAAGGACCACCUGCUCCUCCUCCGAAACCUCCGAAGCCGUACGAGCAGAACCGGCCGACGCCUGAACCGCAAAAUGAUCGGUACUCGCAACCUCCCCCGCUUCCACCGCAUACGCCGCAACAACAAGCACAGGCACAGCAGUAUCAACAGCCGCAAAGGAACAGUUAUGGUGCACCGCCGAACUGGCAACAGCAAGGCACCCCGUGGGCGCAAGGCACUCCUCAGCGACAGGGAAGCUACGAUAUAAGUCCGGCAACACCAGUCUCGCACAGCUCACGGCCACAGGUACAGGUACAAGGCUCACAAUACGGGCCUUAUGGACGUGGGAGUCCUGUCAGUCCCAUCACACCCCAAGGCCAGCGACAAGCAUCGGGCUUUGCAAGGCAAGCGCCUCCACAGCAAUCAUCGGCGAACGGUGCGCCAGCGCAGCAGUAUCCCAACCACCACGGUGCACCUCAACCUUACGGGCAACCACCGCCUCAACAGCAGCAGUAUCGGCCACCGCUUCAGCAGUGCCCGCCGCAGCACCCACAGCAUCGUCAGCAGUAUCAACAGCCGCCACCCCAACAACCUCUGCCACUACCCAAGGCAGCACCUCCAGUCAAUCUUCUGGAUGACUCGCUCGAGGUAACUUUACCGUCGCAACAGGCCAAUCAAGCAUCAUUGCCAGUACCUCCUGUACCCCCAAACCCGCAGAAGGAUGCCCUCCUCACGGCCCUCAGCCAGGCUCUCGUUUCGCAGACUCGCCAAGUAGUAGCCUCGAAUCAGGCAGCGGUAGCGCCUCUCCGAGCACAGCAGCAUGCACUGCAGGCUGCAUAUUCACGGCUGCAAGCGGAGCUGGGCGAGUUGCAGCAGCUGGAUGCUGCACUGGCUUCCAAUGAGCAGAUCCUGAAAGGUGCAAUGGUCGAAGCAGACCGCGCCAUGGACGAUGCACGGAGGAGACAGGCCCCAGACGUCGAUGACGUGCUCGUAGCGCCUACAGUGGUGGGGCAACAGUUAUACACACUGGCGGCCGAGGAACAAGGAAUUGCUGAUGCUUUGUUUGUCUUGGGCAGAGCGCUCGACAAGGGCAGGAUUACCGCAGAUUUGUUCGUCAAGCAAACACGGAGUCUGGCUCGAGAGCAGUUUCUGAAGAAGGUGUUGAUCAAGAAGAUUGCCAAGGGCAUGGCGCUGGAUGAAUACCAGAUGCGGUGAGAUCCGUAACAAGACUCACCCACCUGCUCCUCAUCCAAGCAACCGCACAUGUAUGACAGAGCACUGACUGUGCUUGCAGCGAACUUGCCACAAUGGUACCAGGCAUCCGUAUCUCUGGACCUGAUAUGAAGUCUGCUUCGUCCAGCACCAGAGCGAUUCAUGAGCUGUCCGAUCAGUCAUCGAUCGAAACGGGCUCAAUCAUCUCUACACGAGGAAUGCAAAUUCGUUCGGAUGCAACCAGACUUGCGGACAAUUGAAGCUUACAGGUGCCUUGGCUGGUGAUGAGGCUUGGAUAACACGAGAUGUGGAGGCGAUGGUCAAUUAGGUACGGGUGCACGAACCCAGCACGUCAAUCUAAUUUAAAGCUAUCUAUCGCCAAAUGCACGGCUAGCGUCAGGCAAC